AUGGCGUCUCGACGAGGAAGGCUUCGCGCAGACUGGUGGAUGAGCUUCAUGGUGCUCUGCCUGUUCCUCACUGUUGUGACCUCCCAGACCCAUGACUUUGGCGAUACUUCCUCUAUUGAUGCAGGUACAGGAUCGAGUGAUACAACAGCUCCAAUGACCUUGGCGCCCGGCACGACAGCUCCGACGACUACAGCUCCUGCCACAACUGCUCCAGCCACGACAUCGCCGACACCGACCACGGCUGCUCCAUCAACCAGGGCUCCGACAACUUCAGCCCCAAUCCUCCCCACAACUGCACCAAGAGAUCCGACGACGACAGCCCCGGCCAGUGCAACCACUGCACCUACGUCUCCGACCGCUGCACCAGUCGCAACUACAGCGCCAAGCACGACGACAGCGACGUCUUCUCCAGCCACACCAACCGCAGCGCCGGUCGUGGAGUAUUAUAACUCGUCAACAUUGCCUCCCGGAGUGGAUGCCAGUAUGCUUGGCGGUGCCGAGCUGGUCACAGUGGAAGUCACGGAGACGACGAUGGGGGACGGCACCACUUCGUACAGCUACGUGAUCAUCACCAGGAGUGGCGACACGGAGAAAACGAUCGUGUUAAGCCCCACUAGUAGCUCAGCCACCAGCAGUAGUGGCGACAGCAAUACUGCAACCCAGUCAGGUAGCUCUCUAGCGGACUCCAACAACAGCAACGCCACCAAAUCUUCCAGCUCCAUCGGCCCUGGGGCGAUCGUCGGGAUUAUCGUGGCGGCCGUCGUCUUCAUGCUCGUGCUGUUUGCUUUCUUCAUCGCGCAACGCCGCCGCAACAAACACCGACGCAGUGACGCUUCUUCCGAGGACUUUUUGGCAUCCCCCACCAUUGGAAAGCAGUCUCGACUACUAGAGCUAGGCCAGUCGCCAGCAGACACGGAGUAUCAGGAAAUUACCCGAACGGCUGCAAACUCGCGCUCGUCUGGGGGCUCAAUGCCUGACGGUAGACGACACCGGAACACGCUGUGGGAAGACCCAGUCAUCCUAGCAUCGCGAAUCCCCAUCGACCGUAUCGAGUUAGGCGCCAUCGUCAGCCGCGGGGGGUUCGGUGAAGUGUAUCGAGGACGCUACCGAGACCAGGACGUGGCCAUCAAGACGCUGCUGCCGGAGAAGCGCAAGGACUUGGCGCACAUCCAGGCGUUCCUGUCGGAGGUGCGACUCAUGGCGACUAUGGAGCAUCCUCACAUUGUACAGUUCAUCGGUGUGGCGUGGGAGUCGCUGAGUAAUCUCUUCUGUGUGACCGAGUUCAUGGUCGGUGGAGAUCUACGCUCGCUGCUGAAGGACUACCUGUCCAAUGGGGUUCCGCAGGGCAUGGAUGCCUGUAAAAUGCAGAUCGCAUACCAGGUGGCCUACGCGUUGACGUAUCUGCAUUCGCUGGAUCCCGUGGUCCUGCAUCGCGACCUCAAGUCUCGCAACAUCCUACUGACGGAAUCUCUGAACGCCAAGAUCACGGAUUUUGGCGCCUCGCGCAUCCGCUCGGACGCGACCAUGACUGCUGGCGUGGGGAGUUGUCUGUGGAUGGCGCCCGAGGUGAUGAUGGGCAAACGCUACGGUGAGAAGGCGGACGUGUUCUCGCUGGGUGUGGUCAUCUCGGAGCUGGACACGCACGAACUGCCGUACUCGCACGCGAAGGAGGGCAACAGCGGCGGUAGCGGGCAUCCUUUGCCGGACACGGCCGUGCUGCAGAUGGUGUCGAUGGGCAAACUGCGCGUGCGGUUCUCCCCGUUCAUGGACCCGGAUAUGGCUCGUUUCGUAGGCAGCUGUGUGAAUGUGGACCCUGAAGCGCGCCCCACGGCGGCCGAGGUGCUCUACUACAUGCAGGUGGCAUUGCGGGAAUUCUGA